AUGUUCCGCGCCGGUGCUGCUCGCCAACUACGCGCCCUCAGCGGCCUUGGGGCCUCGGUUCCUCGUAGCUCUCAAUUCUCCUCCAAGCUAUGCACUCUUUCGCAACACACUCGUCCGCUCGCGAUUGGCAAGCCCGUGACACUUGCCCUGGCACGCUAUGCUACCCAGCAAGCACCAAUGGACAAGAUCAACAAAGAGGUGGAAUCAAAUCUCGGAAACGAGAAGCUCAAGGCGGAUCCCGACACUGUUAGCAGCACGUCGUCGACUCAUCCCGUCUUUGGCGAGGUUGGCAUGCCUGAGGACCAGCACAAGGAUGCCGACAUGAUGGCUGGUGUCAAGAACGACAUGGUGAGCGGCCGUCUUGUCACUGUCAGCUGGCAUCACACUAACAAGCACUCCAGANAAACCAUCAAGGACACUUUCUCCCUCGAAGACGUCCCUCGCGAAGCCUACACUUUGGGCAUGGCCGGUGUCCUUCCUUACCUCGGAACCUCUGUAUCCACAGUCUACUGCGCCUGGGAGAUCAACCACGCGCACAACACUGGUUCUGGCUUUUUGAUGAGCGAGCAGACUGCUGAGGCAGCUCUGCAUGUUCUCGAGCCUCUUCAAGUCGGAUACGGUGCCGUCAUCAUCUCCUUCCUUGGCGCUGUUCACUGGGGUCUGGAGUUUGCUGGUUAUGGUGGAACCCAAGGCUACAAGCGCUAUGCAAUUGGUGUCUGGACCCCCGCCGUCGCAUGGCCCACGAUCCUCCUUCCGGUUGAAUACGCUCUGAUCACCCAAUUCGUCGCUUUCAACUUCCUCUACUAUACAGACAGUCGCGCCUGCAAGAGAGGCUGGACCCCUUCAUGGUAUGCUGUCUACCGCUUCGUUCUGACUUUCAUUGUCGGCGCCAGUAUUGUUCUGUCCCUCAUCGGUAGAGGCCAGAUCGCGGACCGCAUCAACAAGUUGCCUGGUCCCGCCGACAGAGUCCGCGCACUCCGCGAAGCUCAGGCACAGCAACUCUCCGACGAGGAGGCUGCCAGACGUGCCAAGGUUAUCAAGAAGGACGAGGAGGAUGACGAUGAGUAG